CGGGACGCGUGGCUGCGCGGCGGCGCUCGUGCGAUCGCCGCUCUUCCUCCUCCUCCUCCUCCUCCUCGUCCUCGUCCUCGAACUCGAUCCCGGGCGGCGACAUCGAGGCCGGCGGGCGCGGCCAUGGAACUCUUGCGGACUAUCACCUCGCAGCCGGCGGCGGGCAGCAAGGGGUGCGAGGCGGCCCUGGGCCGGGCGGGCGCCGGGGACUCGAGGAAGAAGCCGCCGCCGCCGCCCGGCGCCGCCGAGGACGGGCAGCAGCUGCAGCCCCCGGCGGCGCCGCCGUCGGGACCCUCGGCCGCGCCCCCUCCUCCUCCGCCGCCGCCGCCGCCGCCGCCCGCUCACGCUCACCACCAUCACCACCACCACCACCACCACCACCACCACCACUCGGGAGCCGAGGUCUCGCGGAUCAUCGUCGACCCCACCACGGGCAAGCGAUACUGCCGGGGCAAAGUGCUGGGCAAGGGUGGCUUUGCAAAAUGUUACGAAAUGACAGAUUUGAGCAACCACAAAGUCUACGCGGCAAAAAUCAUUCCUCACAGCAGAGUAGCCAAACCUCAUCAAAGGGAAAAGAUCGACAAGGAAAUAGAGCUUCACAGGACUUUGCAUCAUAAGCAUGUGGUGCAGUUUUUUCACUACUUCGAAGACAAAGAAAACAUUUACAUUCUCUUGGAGUACUGCAGCAGAAGGUCCAUGGCUCACAUCUUAAAAGCAAGAAAGGUGUUGACCGAGCCGGAAGUGCGAUACUACCUCAGGCAGAUUGUGUCUGGACUGAAAUACCUUCAUGAGCAAGAGAUCUUGCAUAGAGAUCUCAAACUAGGGAACUUUUUUAUUAACGAAGCCAUGGAGCUCAAAGUUGGAGACUUUGGUUUGGCAGCUAGACUGGAACCUUUGGAGCACAGAAGGAGAACGAUAUGUGGUACUCCAAACUAUCUCUCUCCCGAAGUCCUCAAUAAACAAGGGCAUGGUUGUGAAUCCGACAUCUGGGCCUUGGGCUGUGUAAUGUACACGAUGCUGCUGGGAAGGCCACCCUUCGAAACUACCAAUCUGAAAGAAACCUAUAGGUGCAUACGAGAAGCAAGGUAUACAAUGCCAUCUUCCUUGCUGGCUCCUGCUAAGCACUUGAUAGCCAGCAUGUUGUCCAAAAACCCAGAGGACCGGCCCAGUCUGGAUGACAUCAUCCGGCAUGACUUUUUUUUGCAGGGCUUCACUCCAGAUAGACUGUCUUCUAGCUGUUGUCAUACUGUUCCAGAUUUCCACUUAUCAAGCCCAGCAAAGAAUUUCUUUAAGAAAGCUGCUGCCGCCCUCUUUGGUGGCAAAAAGGACAAAGCAAGAUAUAUCGACACGCACAACAAGGUGUCUAAAGAGGACGACGACAUCUACAAGCUUCGGCAGGACUUGAAGAAGACGUCAAUCACGCAGCAGCCCAGCAAGCACAGGACGGACGAGGAGCUCCAGCCGCCCACCAGCGCAGUCGCCAGAUCCGGCACCUCUGUGCUGGAAAACAAGCCUCAGAUUGGAGACGCUAUCCGCAUGAUCGUCCGAGGGACUCUGGGCAGCUGCAGCAGUAGCAGUGAAUGCCUGGAAGACAGCACUAUGGGAAGUGUUGCCGACACAGUGGCAAGGGUCCUCAGGGGAUGUCUAGAGAAUAUGCCAGAAGCCGGCUGCAUUCCCAAAGAGCAACUGAGCACGUCUUUUCAGUGGGUCACCAAAUGGGUCGAUUACUCCAACAAAUACGGCUUUGGGUACCAGCUCUCGGACCACACCGUUGGCGUCCUUUUCAACAACGGUGCCCACAUGAGCCUCCUUCCAGACAAAAAAACAGUUCACUAUUACGCAGAGCUUGGCCAGUGCUCUGUUUUCCCUGCAACAGAUGCCCCGGAACAAUUCAUCAGUCAAGUGACGGUGCUGAAGUACUUCUCUCAUUACAUGGAGGAGAACCUUAUGGAUGGUGGUGAUCUCCCAAGUGUUAGUGAUAUCCGAAGACCUCGGCUCUACCUCCUUCAGUGGCUAAAAUCUGAUAAGGCCUUAAUGAUGCUCUUCAACGAUGGUACCUUCCAGGUGAAUUUCUACCACGAUCAUACAAAGAUCAUCAUCUGCAGCCAGAAUGAAGAAUACCUUCUCACCUACAUCAACGAGGAGAGGGUCUCUGCCACUUUCAGACUGACGACGCUGCUGAUGUCUGGCUGCUCGCCGGAACUGAAGAACCGAAUGGAAUAUGCCCUGAACAUGCUCUUACAGAGGUGUAACUGAGGACCUCUUGGGGCGGACCCCACCGGGGGGGCUCUUGUCCACUGUGAGAUCUACGGGAACGCCAGGGGUGCGACCCGGAGUAUGUGGAAGGCUGAUGGACAAGUUUGGCGUGUGGUACGAACAUAAUGCCUCCAGGGCCUGCCAGCCUGGGAGAGACCAGGGCAGGCUGGGCGAACCAUCCUCGACUUUGGAUGAUCCAAGGGGGAACCAGAAUGCGGUUUUCUGAGACGCCUGCUUUAAAAAGUCUUAAGGACAGUUCUGCGCAAAGAUGUCUGGACUUGGAACUGUGAACAUGCUUCCUGACGCCGGGGGAGAAGGGAGGAAGCUCCCUUGUUGACAGGCUGGGAUCAGGGCAGCUUUGGGCUGCUUAACUGUGAACUAUGGCCAUAUAUAAUUUUUUUUUUGUUUAUUUUUUGAAUACACUUGUGGCUGGAAAAGUGCAUUCCUUGUUAAUAAACUUUUUAUUUAUUACAGCCCAAAGAGCAGUAUUUAUUAUGAAAUGUUCUUUUUUUUAUGUUGACCAUUCUAAACUCUUGGCAAUAAAGAGUAUGAAAACGUUA